GACACACGUGAGCGCGCGGGCGUGUGCGUGCGUGAGUGCGCUCAGCUCGAGCUUAAUAUCAUUCAACACAAGAUCGCUGCGAAAACUAAAAGCAGCCGGAGAGCGAGGCGCGCGUCGGAGUCGGACCGCUUGCACAACUCGCACGCGCUGCGCCAUGGAACCCUGCAAAACUUCUCGGCGCGCGGGGAUUGCGGUCACGGACUGCUCGAGCAUGGUCGAUUAGAAAAAAGAAAAAGAAAAACAAGCGCGCAGAGGAUAUUGGUGGUUUGUGAAGAUGGACCCGCUGUUCACUUACACCGACUCGCCGGGGAACUGGAGCGCGGAGAAUAACGGCACGGACGUGUACUGGAACCAGUUCACGCAGCCUGCGUGGCGCAUCGUGCUCUGGGCGCUCGCCUACAGCUUCAUCGUGCUGGUGGCGGUGGUGGGCAACGUGACGGUCAUGUGGAUCAUCGUGGCGCACAAGCGGAUGCGCACCGUCACCAACUUCUUCCUGGUGAACCUGGCGUUCGCCGAGGCGUCCAUGUCCGCCUUUAACACCGUGGUGAACUUCGUGUACGCGGCGCACAACGAGUGGUACUUCGGCUCGGGGUACUGCCGCUUCCACAACUUCUUCCCCAUCGCCGCCGUGUUCGCCAGCAUCUGCUCCAUGACCGCCAUCGCCGUGGACAGGUACAUGGCCAUCAUCCACCCACUGAAGCAGCGGCUCUCGUCCACGCAGACCAAAGUGAUCAUCGGUGUGAUCUGGGUGCUCGCUUUCCUCCUCGCAUUCCCGCAGUACUACUACUCCGAUGUGGACCAGCUGCCCGGGCGCGUUGUCUGUUACAUCGACUGGCCAGUAGUGGACACCAUAGUGGACUUCAGGAAAAUUUACUAUGUGUGUGUGGCGGUGCUGAUCUACUUCCUGCCCCUGGUGGUGAUGGGUUGUGCUUAUCUGGUGGUGGGGCUGAACCUGUGGGCCAGCGAGAUUCCCGGAGACUCCUCGGGCCGCUACCACGAGCAACUCAACGCCAAACGCAAGGUGGUGAAGAUGAUGAUCGUGGUCGUGUGUACCUUCGCCGUCUGCUGGCUGCCCUACCAUGUCUACUUUCUCCUCCAUGAGUUCUUCCCUUUGCUCUUCGAGAAGCCCUUCAUCCAGCAGGUCUACUUGGCUAUCAUGUGGCUCGCCAUGAGCUCCACCAUGUACAACCCCAUCAUCUACUGCUGCCUGAAUGACAGAUUCCGCGCUGGCUUCAAGCAGGCAUUCCGUUGGUGUCCGUGCAUCCACUCUGACUCCUACGAAGGCCUGGAACUCAAGUCCACGCGCUACCUGCAGACGCAAACAAGCGUGUACAAGACGAGCCGGGCGGAGCCCACUGUGCUGGUUGUCAACAGUCCGUCGCUAGAGCUGGCGUCCAACGGCUCGUCAUCUCGCAGCAUGUCCAAGACAGUGUCGGAGACGUCCAGCUUCUACUGCGGCCAUAACCUGCCCGCCUAAGAGGUCUUACGAUCAGCAGAGGAACGUCAUGAGUCCACAAAAAAAAACAAAAAAAACAACGAUGGAUCUAUUUACCUCUGCACAAACGCCAUCUCUAUCAUUUUCUGUAUCAUUUUCUGUAUAAUCAUUGUGACGGAUCAUUUCGAGCGGUCAUGGUGGGCGUCGACGUCUGAGGAACGUGCCAGAGAACCAGAAAGUUUCCGUUCAGCUUCAUUUCCACAUAGCAGAUCCUACAUGGAACGUGCAGUUAAAAAACUCGAGUCCUCUAGGAUAUUUCCAUAACAAAUGAAUGAAUGAAUGAAUGAUAUCAGUUUUAUCUAUUACGAACCUCUCUGAGCGAGUAUCAUGGGCACCAUGAAUCAGGAACGUGCCGAAGAAUCAGAAGUUUAUGAAGAUGCUCCUACUUAUCAAAUGGAUCCAUUCACCUGUGUAAUUUCAGAGUAUUUCAUCUGGUGUUAUCGGUAGCUCAGAGGUUAAAGGUUAAAGCUGAGCUUCGUCAAACUGCCACCGUGAUGGGGUCAUGAUCGAGCGCUUGAACCCAUCAGCUGAUUACAAUAUCGGCCAGAUGAUUAAAUGUAAAUACUCCGUCUAUUUAAUCUCUCACACUAGGUAGCGUUGGUGUAGAUGGCAAAGGAACGUGCUAAAGAACCUGAAAUCCUAAAUGUAUCAACCAGUUGACUUUUGGAGAGACAGACGUUUUUCCCCCCAUACCCAAAACUGAUGGGUGCAAUCAUCUGCAUAUGACAGUAUAAUCUCUGUAACACAGUGCUGUAUGGAAAUGUUUUGUGUUUGUGUAAGUGCCUCAUAACUGCAUUCACAGUAUCUAUAAUCUGGUGUAGGUAGACUAUAUGCUUUUUUUUCUUCUAUUCUUCUAUACGUUAUUCAGGCCACACUUUUGAUCUAAGUUCAGCUCAUGACUGACCACACAAGUCCCUCGACGGACGUGACCAGAGACCCCGAUGGAAUGAGACGGUGACGGUGUCGCCGAAGCUUUGCAGACAGACGUGGUCUGGACUACGAGAGCUGGCUAUAGUGUAUUAUCGUUUACAUUUGACUAGCAUGUAAUAUCGUGGAUUAUGUAUCGUAUACUGUACAAUGCCUAAACAGACAGCCUCUCCUCUCUGUCUAUAUGUCUGUGCGAAUGUGUUCUUGUUGUUGUUGUUUUUUAUCAGAGUUUGGCAACCUUAAAGUAACGUGAGUCUCGA